UUCAGGCGCACAAGUUUCAAGUGGUACCCCGGCGGUGGGUUUUGUGCGGUGAGCGAGCGGCAGCAACGCUCUGCCUCGAUUUUUCUGUCGUGAACGGGGGGCCUUCGACCCGACGAGCUUUUUCUCUCGGUGAAAAGUUAACUUACAAAAUUAUUCGAAGAUGAACGACCACGGAAUGAACAACAUAGAAAAUCAUUACAGUGAUGGAUACAUGGAGCCCGAGGAAGAAUGGGAGCGCGAAGGACUCCUCGACCCGGCUUGGGAGAAACAGCAGAAAAAGACCUUCACGGCAUGGUGCAACUCACACUUGCGCAAGGCCGGAACGGCCAUCGAGAACAUCGAGGAGGACUUCCGCAACGGCCUCAAGCUGAUGCUGCUGCUGGAGGUGAUAUCCGGCGAGACCCUCCCUAAGCCCGACCGAGGCAAGAUGCGUUUCCACAAGAUCGCCAACGUGAACAAGGCCCUCGACUUUAUCGCCAGCAAAGGUGUCAAGCUGGUUUCCAUCGGUGCUGAAGAAAUUGUGGAUGGCAACCUGAAGAUGACAUUGGGUAUGAUCUGGACCAUCAUUCUCCGAUUCGCCAUCCAGGACAUUUCUGUUGAAGAAAUGACUGCCAAGGAGGGUCUUCUUCUGUGGUGCCAGCGCAAAACUGCUCCCUACAGAAAUGUCAACGUGCAGAACUUCCACCUCAGCUUCAAGGAUGGCUUGGCUUUCUGUGCGCUCAUUCACCGUCACCGCCCAGACCUCAUCGACUACAGCAAAUUGUCCAAGGACAAUCCGCUGGAGAAUCUCAACACUGCCUUUGAUGUUGCUGAGAAGUACCUUGACAUCCCACGGAUGUUGGAUCCCGAAGAUAUGACCCAUACUGCGAUGCCUGAUGAACGUGCCAUUAUGACUUAUGUCUCAUCAUACUACCAUUGCUUCUCCGGUGCUCAGAAGGCGGAGACUGCUGCCAACAGGAUCUGCAAAGUACUCAAGGUGAAUCAAGAAAACGAACGUCUCAUGGAAGAAUAUGAGCGCCUGGCCAGCGAUCUGCUGGAGUGGAUCCGACGAACUAUGCCUUGGCUCCAGAGCCGUCAAUCAGACAACUCUCUGGCGGGUGUGCAACGCAAGCUUGAAGAGUACCGUACUUACCGUCGCAAGCACAAGCCCCCACGUGUUGAACAGAAAGCCAAGCUGGAGACAAACUUCAACACCCUGCAGACAAAGUUGCGUCUCUCCAAUCGACCAGCUUACAUGCCCACUGAAGGCAAAAUGGUGUCUGACAUUGCCAAUGCUUGGAAGGGUCUAGAAACCUCUGAAAAGGCAUUUGAGGAAUGGCUUCUCUCUGAGAUGAUGAGGCUAGAGCGUUUGGAGCAUUUGGCUCAGAAGUUCAAGCACAAAGCUGACAUCCAUGAGGAAUGGACUCGAGGUAAGGAGGAAAUGCUCCAGAGUCAAGAUUUCCGUCAGUGCAAAUUAAAUGAGCUCAAGGCUCUCAAGAAGAAACAUGAAGCCUUUGAGAGUGAUCUUGCUGCCCACCAAGAUCGUGUGGAACAGAUUGCUGCCAUUGCUCAGGAGCUUAACACCCUGGAGUACCAUGAUUCAGUUUCUGUUAACACUCGCUGCCAGAGAAUUUGUGAUCAAUGGGACCGCCUUGGUGGACUCACUCAGCGUCGCCGUCAAGCUCUUGAUGAAGCUGAGCGUAUCCUAGAGAAGAUUGACAUUCUUCACCUCGAAUUCGCCAAGAGGGCAGCUCCUUUCAACAAUUGGCUUGAUGGUACACGGGAGGACCUUGUAGACAUGUUCAUUGUGCAUACUAUGGAAGAAAUUCAAGGACUGCUUGACGCUCAUAGCCAGUUCAAGGCUACCCUUGGAGAAGCUGAUAAAGAAUACAACUCCAUCGUUAACCUGGUUCGUGAAGUGGAGACAACAGUCCAGAAGUACCAGGUGCCUGGUGGUUUAGAAAAUCCCUACACCACUCUUACUGCUCAUGAUUUGACAAAGAAAUGGUCAGAGGUACGACAACUUGUACCUCAACGUGACGCCACUCUCCAGGCUGAGCUCCGUAAGCAACAGAAUAACGAAAUGUUGCGUCGCCAAUUUGCCGAAAAGGCAAACCAAGUCGGACCUUGGAUCGAAAGACAGAUGGAUGCAGUCACUGCUAUUGGUAUGGGCAUGCAGGGCUCUUUGGAAGAUCAGCUCCAUCGACUCAAGGAAUAUGAACAAGGCGUGUAUGCCUACAAGCCUCACAUUGAAGAGCUUGAAAAGAUUCACCAGGCUGUACAAGAGGGCAUGAUCUUUGAAAACCGGUACACUGCUUACACCAUGGAAACACUACGCGUUGGAUGGGAGCAACUCUUGACAUCCAUCAACCGCAACAUUAACGAGGUGGAGAACCAAAUUCUGACAAGAGAUUCAAAGGGCAUUACUCAGGAACAACUCACAGAGUUCCGCUCAAGCUUUAACCACUUUGACAAGAACCGCACUGGACGUCUGGCUCCCGAUGAAUUCAAAUCCUGCCUAGUUAGUCUUGGUUACAGCAUUGGCAAAGACCGACAGGGUGAAAUUGACUUCCAACGCAUCCUGGCUAUUGUCGAUCCCAACAACACUGGUUAUACUCACUUCGAUGCUUUCUUGGACUUCAUGACUCGCGAAUCAACUGACACUGACACAGCUGAACAAGUUAUUGACUCCUUCCGCAUUCUUGCAGGAGAUAAGCCCUACAUUUUGCCUGAUGAGCUCCGGCGUGAGUUGCCUCCAGACCAAGCUGAAUAUUGCAUCCAGCGUAUGCCUCCAUUCAAGGGACCAAAUGCUGUUCCUGGGGCAUUGGAUUACAUGUCUUUCUCCACCGCAUUGUAUGGAGAGUCAGAUUUGUAAGUUAGCCUUAAACAAAUCUCCAAUGGUUAUAUCUUUCUCCACCAUGCAGUGCCGGCUACAGCCAUGUUCAGUGCCAUACUCUGACCCAUCUAUACCUUUGGUCAAAAUUUCCUUUACUGACUGACCAUUGUAUCUUAAAAUUAUGAAACUAUGAUUUAAAAGGUAUAGUAGAAAAUGGGCAUUUUGACAAACUAAUUACAAGGGACAAACAGUUGUCAAAUUUAGGAAAGUCUUAUAGAUCUUUAAGAAUUCUAUUUAUUUUUAUGUCCUACAAAUUUUAUACUUUUAUCCUUGAAGGUAUAUGAACUCGGACUGCAUUCAAUUGCAUUUUCUUAACAAUGACAUUAUGCAUUAGAUCGUGCAUACAAGUCUGAAACAACAGUAACUGCUCAUUUUCUCUGUGCAUAAUCAAAAACUUGCCCACAUAUACAUACAGGAAUUUAACAGUAUUGUGAGGCUAAUUUAUGCAGGCAAUAUUUCAAUCAUACCUAUGGAGACAUUAUUUAAUGUUUCCUGUUCUUAAAAUUUUUUAUCUGUAUAUUUUUUUGGUGAUUUUAUCACAUGGCCUCAAUAGGUACUUUUUUAACAAACUUGUAAUUAUUUUCCUGUAGGAAAGAAUGAAUUGUGUCCAUAUUUGUAUAGUUCCUUGUAUUCAAGUAUUUUAAAUAUCCUAAAUGUCAUACCUAUUUGUUAGGGUCUUAUCAUGCUUUUCAAAAGUUUUUAACAUUUGAAUCUCAGUAAAUGAUCAGUGAAUCCUUCCCUGUUUAUCAAAUAAUUACUUUUUUCUAUCGAGUGUCCCUUUUCCCUGUAUGUGGGACAUACCAGUCAGUGUAGACCACCUGGCUUUGUACAAUUUUUCUUUCAGAAUAUUUAUCAAUUGUAGUUUAUUUUACCAUGAUCAUCUGACAAGUGACAAGUGUCUAUACCUAGUUCGUACUCUGUUUUUUUAAUUUAUUGAAAUCUGUUCAGUUUUCUGUUAAUCUCAAUUCCUUUCUUGCCAACUGCAAUCAAUUCAGUGUGAAGUACAAAAGGGAACUUCCUCUGCUUGCAGGACAAGCAAUUUUGUAACUUCAUCAGGCCAAAUUAUGAAUUGAUAGCCUUUAAAUUAUUAUUGUGAACUCAGCUCAAUUCAUAACUUCUUAGUUUGAAGAUUUUAUUUGUUUGUAUUGACAGCAAAAGGGACAAGGAAAUUACAACUUGUACUUAGCAUUUUCUUAAUGUUGACAAAUGAAGAAAGUAUUCAUGAGAAAGUGUGGGUUGAUUGGACUUUUUUUUUCUUUUCCAUUGUAUGUAGUUUCAUUUUAUCUGUCUAGUCAUUCAUUUUUAAUUAAUUUUGUUUUGGCUGUUGUGUACAAUGCUUAAAAAUAAAAAAAAUAGAAAAACAGAAA